AAAUAAAAAGCAACAAUAACUGUGAGAUUGACAAUAAACUUAUUUAAACGACUAAUCAAUUUUGAGUUUUAUUGAUAAACCAAUGGAUCAGACACUGGAUUUGAGUUAUCUGUCACCAGACGAGUACCGGAAGAUACAGGAAGUGAUGAAAAGAGAUCAGGAGCUCAAACGCCAGGAGGACAGUCGUAUAUUUAGGUUAAAGGCAGACCUACAACGGUUGAGAAAGCGUGGUAUCAUUAGACAGGGGGCUGUCGACCAGUUGCGUACCUGUGCCCGGUGUCUAACCGAGUUGGGCCGGUUUGUCAAUCGGGGUGCACAGUGUCCCCAUUGUAGUAAAACUGUUUGCAAACUGUGCCGACACUAUGAUUUAGGAGCUGCUGAACACAGUAACACCAGCACCGGUAGCCAAAACACAUGGCUAUGCAUUGUAUGUCAUAAGCAAUCCCAAUUGAAGGCAAUCACUGGCGACUGGAUGAAAGAGUACAGUCGUAUUGCUGAUAACAGAGCCAGUCUUAGGGGAACGUCGUCUACAUCGAGUCCAAUACAACAGCAACGACAACAACAGUUAUACCAAUACCAACAACAACAACAACAUACCGGUGCCGGUAAUAAUCCAAUCAAUACUAUAACCAAUACUACUACUGGUAGUAGUAGUAGUGGCCAACCAUCGGUAUCAUCGCAUCCGACAAUUUCAAGGACGGCCAGCAGUAGUGUUACCGAUGAUAUUAGUAAAGCCAUAAAAAAUACGUUCAGACAAACAUUUCUACCGCAUCACUAUCAUAACCAAUCAUCGCUACCACAUCAGCACCAAUCGGAGCCGACAACAACAACAACUGUCCUCAAUAACAACAAUCAGUCGAAACCGUUUGGCCACUCACUGGACGAUCAUAAUCAGCACCACUACUACCACAACAACAACAACAACGAAACUAUCGGCGCUGCCGACAACCACCCGCAGCCGCCGCGGACCAGUCCAGUGCCGUCUAUAUCGUUGAUAUCUAACGUAAAAUCGUUGGCCAAAGGUUUUAUACCGUCACGGCUGCCGCCAGUAAUCACAGCCGCAACGGAUCCGUUUGUAUCAUCGUCGUCGUCGACACCGCCGCCGCGGUCACCGAAAUCACCGAAAUCGCCGCUAUCGGCCGGUUCGCAUCGUAGCAGUACGGACAGCAAAGACGACGGAUCGUUGGCCACUAAUUCACCGCAACAGCAAACAUCGCCAAAACUGCCGCCCAGUCCCGUACUGAAAGCAUUGUCCCAACAGUCGCCCGACUAUGUUAUUACCAGCGAUGGUACUGUACGGACAACAACAAUCCCGGGCAGUAGUAGUAGUCAUACACCGCCGCCGCUACUGACGCGUACCGAUUCGCCCAAACAGACUGUCCAAUUCAAAAAGGUAUCCAAUCGUAUGCUAGAGUCUAGCAGUUCAGAGGACGAGGAGGACGAAUACGUGGACAACAAUCUAAACAACAACAACGAAGACCUACUCGAGCCACCCCUGAGUCCAUUGUUACGAUGCGAUUCAGCCCAACGUAGCUCCGGUAGUACACCGAGUCCGAGGACACCCAACAGUUGCCGUAUAUUGUCGUCAAUACAUUCAAAUCAGGCGACAGCUUUCAAAUUUCCGCCAUCAGGCGGUUCGCCGGUUCAUUCGCGGCCGCCAUCCUAUGAACGACACUCUGAACGCCAGUCGUCGGACGAGUUUUCGACAACAAUGAGCUCAAUGAGGUCGCGGUCGACAUCGUCCGACUUGUGCGACAACGAUAGCAGCUGUUGUACGACAAGCGAUCCCCGACUAACACCGCAGCCGAUAUCCCGAAGCCGUCGGGUUAGUCCGUUGCGCAAACAACGGGCCAUCAUUGCCGAAGAGAUUAGCGGUGGUAGCGGCGGCGGUGUCGGCGUCGGCGGUUGUGGUGGUCGUGAUUCGCAGCGAUCAUCGCUUGAGGCCGAGUACGGGUCGUGUCCGUCGUCGGCAACGUUUAGCAGUGCUCCGGACAGUGGUGUAGCCGACUGUAACUAUGCGUCGCCGCCGAAAAACUUUUUCCAAGCCUACGGCAGUACCGGGUCGUCGAUCAGGCGGUCGUCUAGCGGCGGACACGACGAUAUUGGCGGCGGCGGUGGCUCCGAUAUGGGCGGCCAAUGCCCGCUACCAGAGUCUGGCCAAUUGGGCCGCGACGCUAGUCUAAGCGAAUCGGAAGCGGUCAUCGAAUCGGCCACUGGCUGUGUGUUUCGUAAGGUUACUGUCCGCAAGCGUAAUACAGAUUCACCGCAACGCGGCGGUGGCCGCAGCAGCGUAUCUACCGGUGCUGGCAGUGGUGGUGGACAACCCCAACAACAGCAACAACAUGUAUCUAGACGUCAAUCAUAUGAUAAGACAACAACAACAAGUGGUGGUAUGUCGUCAUCAUCAGCACCACUACCAUCACAACCAGCAACAGGCUAUGCCUCCAUAACCCAAUUAAUAGGAGUUCCCAAACAACAACAACCACAACUGGGAAAUGAGGAUCAGCUCCUCGUGAAUAGCAAUUGCCAAUCAUCGACAGCAGCAACAGUCAGACAGCAAUCCCAACCACCCAAACCCCAACCAAUAGCCCAAAUACAUACAUAUGGACAGCACCUGCAGCUAAAACACCAACAGGACAACAACCAUCAGUUUGAUAGUCAUACCGAUGGUGUUUUAGUAGAGAUCAAUGACUACUACGACUACUAUCGCUUGAAUGGUAGGUCUGAUCCGUCAAUCAGUUAUACAACAACAUACGGGUGCUGUCACAGUGAUGAUGAUGAUGAUGGUGUCAGUGUUCAGCGCACAUGUAGUUGUAAUAAUAAUGAGGCCAUCAAUUGUUUAAGUUGUUUAAGUCAUAGUCAUGAACAUCAUCGACAUCAUUAUAAUAACCCGUGCUAUCGAUGCGGCCAAACAUAUCCAGUGCCUAAUCAGUUAUCAUCAGUGCCAACACCGACUACUGGAGCUCCAGUAGUAGUCGAUGAGAGCACUUGUAGUAGUAUUAGUCGCUCUUAUUAUUAUUUAUACGGAUCACUGACCCGUUGCGAUGCCUGCGACGGCUGCGAGCGAGACAUGGCCUGCGAACGUGUAGCUGUUAAUAGUAGUCCUCCUAAUAAGCAAACUGUGCCGCCUGUUAGGCACCUCCGCCAACAACAACAACAUUACUACUGCCCCCACCACCACCACCAGCAGCAGCACCUCCACCAACAACACCAACAACACCAGUGCCAGUGCACUGUCGACAACAACCACAGUCCCAACAGAACUAGUAGCUCAACAGGUCGUUGCUGUGAUAGUAGUAGUAGUAGUAGUAGUAGUACUCAGUCUAUGAAUACGAGGCCAACAACAACAACUACUUGUACUACUAGUGCUGAACAACAACACACCUGUUGUUUGUGUUGUAAUAGUUAUAGUCGUUGUAGUAGUCGACGACAUACCUUUCCCUUAGCUAAACAACCUAACAUAACAGCUAUAUUGCAUAACCAAUGCAAUCAAUGUAACUAUUGUUUAGCUAUAAUAGUAAACAACAAUCUGAUUGAAACUAUUGAAAAGUUUUGCGUCAAACUAAUAGAUAAAUCAUUGAACAGUGCCUAUAGUGAACUAAAAAGAUUGACUACAUUGAGGAUAGACACUAAACACGUGGACAGUUAUGUAGAUAUAUUGCUGGUACCUGAUGAUGAUGAUGAUGAGGCUAUAGAGCCGAUAAUAACUACUACCUGUGCCGACAACUUAACAUAUGUUGAGGACCGCAACAACUAUAGUGAUAACGAUAGUGACUAUUAUACUAAUGAUAGGAAAGUUGUCUUAAUAAAUACUACUACCAGUUCCGAGUUGUGUAAUAAUAUAAAUAAUACAACUAAUUAUUUUAAUAUUAAUGAGUGCCAUAACUUGAGGCCAAUACCAACAACAACUACCAGUGCUCUGAAUACCAAUCAGUUGUUACUGUUGUCUGAGGAUUCAGAGUCGUCGUUGUCGUCCAUAGCCAUAGCCAUAGCCAACAACAACAUCAGUGAAACGGAAAGUGAUUUACGCAAACAUACCGGUGCUCAUCAUAACGACAACGACGACUAUAGUGAGACAGAGGAGGACGAGGAGGUGGAGGAGGAGGAGGAGGAAGAACAGCCAAAAACCAUAUCGGGUUUAGAAAAAUAUUUUACACAAUCAUUAGAGGAACGGGAGAUCAUUAAGGUUGGUGUCGGCGAUAGACAGUUACGCAGGUCUAUCACCACCUCCACCACCAACGCCUGUCCCCAGUAUGCCAACAGUAUGUCGCCGUUUGCCGACGGAAAAGAUGAGGACAACAACAACGAAGGCCACCAUUGGGUGGACGACGACACUGUUGUCGAGCUCGGCGUCGAUGACCAACACUACGACUCGCGUAUCGACGACACUGAUUGUGUGUCCGAUGUCGAGGACAGGGAGAUGAUUGAACACAGCACUACCGCCAACAACAACAAUAUGUUUGAUGCCGGGUCUGAAUCGUCGUCGUCCUCCUCCUCGGAAUCGGAGGACACGUCGACGGCGGAUACAACUGUUAAAUAUACUCAACAACAACAACAGCAGAGGACAGUCGUAAUGAAUGCACAGUACGCCCAAUACGGCAAUCCGUUGGCCUAUUCGUUGCAUACAAUAGCCGAGGAAAGCUGUGAGGACAGUAGCUGUAGCCGAAACAGUACCCGUCCGACAUCGCCAUCGUCGCACAGUGAGGUCAGCGUCGAUAGUGAUCAUCAUCGUAAAUGUGACGCACCGUAUGCUGUAGUAGUUUCGCGGGCGUCGGCAGCAGCGGCGGCGGCGGCGGCCGAGUCUAACAGCGAUGACGACGGCGACCAACAACAACAACAAGACCAUCACAAACGACAGUCGUGGUCGACGGCCGUCAGCGACGAUACGGAUAGUAUGGACAGUAUGGAUGAACAGUCGUCGCAGGCGACGGCCACCGAUAGGCCAAUGCUUGGCGACUACGAUACUGAUGCCGAAACCGGUGGCGACGGUCACCAUCAGUCUGAUAGGUAUCAGGCGAGCAGUCGUCUGGAAAAAUAUUUUAUGACCGGACUGUUAGGAUCGGGUGCUUUCAACUAUCCCGACGACUGCGAGUUUGCCGACGAAAGCGAUUGUCAAUCGGUUGCGUCGGAAGUACCCGCACAUCACUAUAUGGAACCGAUGCUUGUGUCCGAGGCCGAGGGCAGUCCGCUAACCUCACUGGAGUACGGCGUCAACAACGGCUACGGUAGCGGACCGGCUGUUAUGGAUAGCGAAACCGAUAGUGACCGCCAAUCGCCGCAUCAGUUUGAUAUCGACAGCAAUGUUCGGCAAAUUGAACGACAGAUUAUCGACAGCGGCGGCGGCAAAGAUAAUAGUGUUGUUGGUGUUAUUAGUGGCCAACCAUUUACUAGUGGUGGUAGUGGUGGUGGUGGCCAACAGUGCGACGCCGAAGUGCAAACAUUUAUGUCUAGACUGUUGUCCCAUAUGUCGACAUUUGAUAACCGAUUACUACUUAACGGCGGCGCUGCUGACAACAACAGCGGCGCACCUGUAGAUAGACAGCAACAACAACAACAUAGUCAUCAAUAUCUUCAUAAUCAUCCACAACAACAACAACAACAACAUCAUCAGUCAUCACCAUAUGUACAGACAGCUCAACAACCACAACAACAACCACCACACGAGACAUCGUCAUCAUCACUGCCAUCGUUAAGAUCGCUAGAGUCACAGAUAGCCAGACUAAUGGAAGCGGUAUCGCCGGUACCGACGGUAGUACCGACAGUGACCACCACCACCAAUGCUAACCAUAUAUCAAGCAACAGUCCCAGCAAUAGCAGCAGUACUAUCGGCAGCAAUAAUAGCGACUACGGGUCGGACACAUUGGAAAGCGAUGACGACACCAACGGUAGUGCGGCGCUAGUAGUGGACAAAGCUAACCACUACACCACUAGCCGUCGGUCGCCAAACAACAACAACAACAACAAUAGGCGCCGAUCGUCCAGAAAUAAAUUGGACGGUACGGCCAGCAGCGGCGGCAGCAGCAGCAGUGGUGGCAGCAAUGUAUCCGAAGAUACUGUCUAUAUAUGCAAACAGUUGAUGCAGUCGUUGAAAAAGUUGACCGAAAUUGCUUUUACCGAUGAACAGGCGGCUGAUGAUGACGGUAGUGGUCAGCAUCACUUGCCGCCGAACCAACAGUUCAACAAUAACAACAACAACAGUGACGGCCAGACUGUUAGGCCAGAUAUGACCAAAGCCCGGGCCUAUAUUCGCGACCAGAUUGUCGCUCUUAUGCAUACUGUAAAGUCGUCGUCGUCGACGCCGCCGCUGUCCACGAGUAGUCCCGUACUUCGGGAAAACAUCAAUAGUAAACAACAACAACAACGUCAGACACCGUUCAAUCACAAUCGUCUUAUCGAUACUACCGGUGCCGGCGCUACAACUGUUAGCAGCGGCGGCGGCUGCGGCGGUGAUAGUAGCGGUGAUGGUAGUCCCAGAAUUUCGGGUUUAUCGGCCGGUAGCGGUGGUGGGACUGGUUCGGCCCGUGCAUCGGGCAAACGAAUUAGAGGCCAGAAAAUUAAAGGCCCGCCUUCCGAAUCGGGUUCGGAAACUACAUGUUCGGCCAGUGUGUCGAUACCCAGCUAUGACGACUCCGACGAUCACACGCCAACCGAAUCGGAGAUAUCGCACGAAAUGGACGAACUGUUUGCUAUGAUCGAUGGCCAGCCAAACAACAACAACAGCAAAGAUACGACAACUUUUCUGAAUGAAACCAAUUUAAUUAGCGCCGCCGCGGCCGCAGCUGCCACUGGCCGGCCAACGUCGUCAUCGGAUGACGGCGAUCGGGCAUCGCUGAACAGCUGGGAGGCCCGUAUCUCGUUGUUCGGUAAACUACAGGCCAACAGUGACGACAGUGAGUCUAAUAAUAAUAAUAAUAAACAGCAACCGCUAAACAUUGUCGCCGCCGCCACCACCGCCGACUCGGGCGACGAUAGUCCGCGAGCACCAGUUAGACAACAGCGUCGGACACCGUCACCGCUGACAUCUAACAGUAUGUCCGCACAGGAGGUCACUGUUAACGGCCGCGAAGUUCUCCGUAAUAACAAUACAGUGCCUACUAGUGGCCACAAAACAGUGGUCAAAAUUGACGAUACGAUGGCCGGCAGCGGCGGCCUUACAAAUAGUAGGACAGAGUCACUGUCGCCGCCGCCGAUGUUUGAUUCGCUGAAAGACCGUAGCUUUUCCAGCGACAGUGUCUCAAGUAUUCAGACGGUCAGAGCCCGUACGGCCGGCUAUAACAACACCAUAGUCAGCAGUGCCGGUGCCUCUCAAUCGGAAAUUAGUUCACAAUCGGACGGCACUCAGUCUAGUAGUCGACUGGCCAUCGAUGAGGCUGACGAUCAACAACACCAGCAGCAGCUGUCGAUAGUACUGAACAAGUCGUUCAAUAAUCAGACAAAAGAAAAGGCGUCGUCAGAGGACAACCUAUUGUUGGCCAACAACAACAAUACUACGGCACCGACAGCUAAAGCCCGGACAACAGGUGGUAGUGGUGGUCAUAUGUCGACCAAAAGUGCCGGUAAUUUGGCCGAAUUGGAUACCAAUACUAGCAAUAAUAAUAAUAAUAAUAGGCAUGGAUUUCGUGAUACCGGAUACUAUAGUUUUCUGUCAUCCGAGGAGAGUAUCAAAUCGCUGGAUGAGUCACUACAAUACCAGACAACACCCAACACCACUACCAGCACCACGACUACAUCCAUGCGCUCAAUGUCUAUGUCGAUGACACUGCCCCACAGUCUCAGAUCGCAUCGAUCGGAAACCAUUGUCGAAGAACUAGACGAAGAAUUAGCAGCCGCUAGUGAUCAACAACUGUCCGAUCAUUAUCAUCAUCAACAACAACACCAACACCAACAACAGCAACAACAACACUACCAUUAUCUUCAUCAUCAGCAACAACUGCCACAUCAAUACCAUUAUCAUCAGCAGUACAUGUAUAAUACUAUUGCCUCAUCGAGAUUAAUGGCCGCGGCCACCAAUAAUACUAACGGUGCUCAUCAUCAUCUUCAGCAUCAUCAUAAGCGACUGUUUACACCGGCAUCGGGUACGGCGGCGGCCACUAAGUGUCUGUCCUAUUCGUCGCCUAACCUGUCGCCAGAAGAUAGCAACAGCGGUGCCCGUAAUAGCCAAACAUUGCCGGCCAACCCGCGCGGUCAUCGGCAGCACAACCGUAAUGGUGUCCAGGAAAACACAACAACAACACCCGGUGCUCGAUCUGGUCAACAACAACAACAUCACCCGUUGCCGUCAAUGCUAGCCCAUAGAGCCCGGAGCUCCUUCUUUAGUACAUCGGGUGUACUGCGAAAGCUAACGGCGCUUCGUGGAGACGACAACGUAUAUCGGGCUUCUCCGAGACGACUAAAGGACAGGCAUCGUCACGGGUUGGCCGGUAAGGAUGGCAAAGUGCCACAGAUAUCGGUGUCGGACUACUCAGAGAGCUUCUCCAAUCGUGGAUCACUGGCCAGCAGUGGCGGCAAUAGUGGCGAACGCCAGGAGUCGGCCGACGGCGGCGACACUGAACACGUGUUUGCCUAUCAUUCCCGAAGUCAGACAUCGUUGUCAUCGUUUGGGGCUCGUAGCGAAAGUUUAUCAAGCGUUUACAGUGCCGCCGGCGGCGGCCGUUUCGGUACAGUUGCCAACAUUACCGGCGAAGUCCUGUUUUCCAUUAGCUAUAACUAUAAGGCCGGCGCUAUGGAAGUCUAUAUACGCGAGUGCCGUAAUCUGGCGCCGGUAGACACCAAACGUCAACGAUCUGAUCCAUACGUAAAGGUAUACCUAUUACCCGAUCGGACAAAAUCGGGUAAACGUAAGACCAAAGUGAAAAAACAUACACUGAAUCCAGUGUUUGAAGAGGUUAUGAAAUUUUAUAUGACUAUCGGUGAGGUUGAGACCCGUGACCUAUGGAUAAGUGUAUGGCAUUCAGACAUUUUCGGUCGUAACGACUUUCUCGGCGAAGUAACGUUGCCGUUGGGUCACGAAGUUUUCGAGACGCCCGGCCUCAAGUGGUAUCCACUUCAGGAAAGGGUAGGUCCACGGAUCCAACCACUAGUGCUUGAAGUAUGCGACAACCAGUCGACCUAUAGGGGCGACAUAUUUUUGGCACUCAAAUACGUACCGAAAGAUACAUUGGUUAGACGGCCACCACCACCACCACCAUCACAGCCGCAGCCGCCAUCGUCACCGCAGCCACCAGUUCAACAUAGCAGCGGCUCUACAACCGGCACCGGUAGUCAAACAUCGUCGCCCACAAUGUCGUCAUCGCAUACAACGAAAAGCAAUGGCGAACUACAUGUGCUCGUUAAGGAGGCGCACAAUUUGUUGGGUACCCGAUCUAAUGGUACAUCAGAUCCAUUUUGCAAAUGCUAUCUAUUACCGGAUAAAAGCAAAGCUAGCAAACAGAAAACACCGGUUAUGAAAAAAACAUGUUCACCCAAAUGGAAUCAUACGUUUAUUUUCGAUGAUCUAUCGGAACUGGAUCUUAGCCAACGGUGCCUGGAGUUGACUAUCUGGGACUACGACAAGAUUACUAGCAACGACUUUCUGGGAGGUGUACGUCUAGGACUAGGACAGGGUAAAUGUGAGGGACAUCCAUGCGAUUGGAUGGACUCUAUCGGCGAUGAGGUAGCCCUAUGGCAGCAGAUGCUAUCCAGGCCUAACAUGUGGGUCUACGGGGAACUGCAUCUAAGGCCCAGUAUGCAGCCUAGACUACGUUGCCAACAAUAAUAAUUAAUUAAUUAAUUACAAUAUUGUUAAUAAUUAUAUUAAUAU